UGUUCCACCUCGGGCUAUAAGAAGGCGGAUGAUGAGAUGUCCGGAGCCACGUCCGCGGCGGAUCUGGACGAGGCGCCAGCCCGCACCAUUUACUUGAACCAGCCCCAGCAGAGCAAGUUCCGCGACAACUGGGUCAGCACAGCCAAGUACAGUGUGGUGACAUUUCUACCUCGAUUCCUGUAUGAGCAGAUCAGAAAAGCUGCAAAUGCAUUCUUCCUUUUCAUUGCCUUACUGCAGCAAAUUCCAGAUGUCUCUCCAACAGGAAGAUAUACCACCUUGGUGCCAUUGCUAUUUAUUUUAACAGUUGCUGGCAUCAAAGAAAUCAUAGAAGACUAUAAAAGGCAUAAGGCAGACAGUGCAGUGAAUAAAAAGAAAACAGUAGUUCUAAGAAAUGGGAUGUGGCAGAACAUUAUGUGGAAAGAGGUAGCAGUAGGCGAUAUUGUGAAGGUCACCAAUGGGCAACAUCUUCCAGCAGACAUGAUCAUAAUAUCUACCAGUGAACCACAAGCCAUGUGCUAUAUUGAAACAGCUAAUCUCGAUGGGGAGACGAAUCUUAAAAUACGACAGGGUUUGUCUCAAACUGCUAGUCUCCAGUCCAGGGAAGAAUUGAUGAAGGUGUCUGGGAGGAUAGAGUGUGAAGGACCCAACCGCCAUCUCUAUGACUUCACUGGAAACUUGCGCUUAGAUGGUCAAAGCCCAGUUCCUGUUGGUCCAGACCAGAUCUUGCUGAGAGGUGCACAACUGAGAAAUACACAGUGGGUCUUGGGUAUUGUUGUAUAUACAGGACACGAUACAAAACUCAUGCAGAAUUCGACCAAAGCACCUCUGAAGAGAUCAAAUGUGGAGAAGGUGACCAACAUGCAGAUCCUGGUUUUGUUCUGUAUUCUCCUGGUAAUGGCCCUUGUGAGUUCUGUAGGUGCCUUAUUAUGGAACAGAACACAUGGUGAAGUUGUCUGGUAUCUUGGCUCCAACGAAAUGCUGUCUGUCAACUUUGGAUACAAUCUGCUGACAUUUAUAAUCUUGUACAACAAUCUUAUUCCAAUCAGCCUUCUGGUGACAUUGGAAGUUGUCAAGUUUACUCAGGCUCUUUUUAUAAACUGGGACAUAGAUAUGUAUUACCCUGAAACAGAUACACCUGCGAUGGCCAGGACCUCAAACCUUAAUGAGGAACUUGGGCAGGUAAAAUACCUGUUUUCUGAUAAAACAGGUACUCUAACAUGCAAUAUCAUGAACUUUAAGAAAUGUAGUAUUGCUGGAGUGACAUAUGGUCACUUCCCCGAGUUGGAAAGAGAACGUUCAUCAGAAGACUUCAGCCAGCUACCUCCUUCCACCAGUGAAUCGUGUGAAUUUGAUGACCCAAGACUGCUGCAAAACAUUGAAAAUGAUCAUCCCACAGCUGUGCAUAUACAGGAGUUCCUCACACUGCUGGCCGUGUGUCAUACUGUUGUUCCUGAGAGACAAGGAAAUACAAUAAUCUACCAGGCUUCCUCUCCAGAUGAAGGAGCAUUAGUGAAAGGAGCAAAAAAACUUGGUUAUGUCUUCACAGGACGGACUCCCCAUUCUGUUAUCAUUGAUGCGCUGGGGAAAGAGAAAACCUUUGAAAUUCUUAAUGUGCUGGAGUUUUCCAGCAACAGGAAGAGAAUGUCAGUGAUUGUUCGAACUCCGGCAGGACAGCUACGUCUCUACUGCAAAGGGGCUGAUAAUGUAAUUUUUGAGAGGCUUUCAAAAGAUUCCCAGUAUAUGGAACAAACACUGUGCCAUCUUGAAUACUUCGCAACGGAAGGUCUGAGGACGUUGUGCAUUGCUUAUGCUGAUCUGUCAGAGAAGUCUUACAGAGAGUGGCUAAAUGUCUACAAUGAGUCCAGUACAGUUCUGAAAGACAGAACUCAGAAGCUGGAGGAGUGCUAUGAGAUCAUUGAAAAGGAUUUGCUGCUUCUUGGAGCUACAGCCAUUGAAGACCGCCUGCAAGCAGGUGUUCCAGAAACAAUAGCCACACUAAUAAAGGCAGAAAUUAAGAUAUGGAUUCUGACAGGUGACAAACAGGAAACAGCUCUCAAUAUAGGGUACUCUUGCAGACUCAUUUCACAGAGUAUGUCUCUCAUCCUGGUCAAUGAAGAUUCACUAGAUGCAACAAGAGCUUCUCUGACUCAACAUUGUACCAGUCUGGGGGAAUCACUGGGCAAGGAAAAUGAUAUUGCCCUGAUUAUUGAUGGCCACACACUGAAGUAUGCCCUUUCAUUUGAAGUCAGGCAGAGCUUUCUGGACUUGGCACUCUCCUGUAAAGCAGUCAUUUGUUGCAGAGUAUCUCCUCUACAGAAGUCUGAAAUAGUAGACAUGGUCAAGAAACACGUCAAUGCCAUAACACUUGCCAUUGGGGAUGGUGCCAAUGACGUAGGAAUGAUCCAGACAGCUCACGUUGGAGUGGGGAUCAGUGGCAAUGAGGGCAUGCAGGCAACCAAUUGCUCGGAUUAUGCCAUUGCACAGUUUUCCUACUUGGAGAAGCUGUUGUUGGUACAUGGUGCUUGGAGUUACAAUCGAGUUACCAAAUGCAUACUGUACUGCUUCUACAAAAACGUGGUUUUGUAUAUUAUUGAGCUUUGGUUUGCUUUCGUUAAUGGAUUUUCCGGGCAGAUCUUAUUUGAACGAUGGUGCAUCGGUCUAUAUAAUGUGAUUUUCACAGCACUACCACCUUUUACUCUGGGAAUUUUUGAACGAUCAUGUACUCAAGAUAGCAUGCUUAGAUUUCCACAGCUAUACAAAAUCACACAAAAUGCAGAUGGUUUCAACACAAGGGUUUUCUGGGGUCACUGCAUCAAUGCCCUUAUCCAUUCCAUCAUUCUUUUCUGGUUUCCACUGAAAGUGCUGGAGCAUGAUGCAGUAUUCACAAAUGGACAGGGAGUUGACUAUUUAUUUGUUGGAAACAUAGUUUACACUUAUGUUGUAGUCACUGUUUGUCUGAAAGCUGGGUUGGAAACAACUGCAUGGACUAGAUUCAGUCACCUGGCAGUCUGGGGAAGCAUGCUGCUCUGGCUCGUGUUCUUCGGCGUGUACUCGGCCAUCUGGCCCACGUUCCCCAUCGCACCCGACAUGCUGGGGCAGGUGGAUGUGGCAGGCAAAAAGGAAUUGAAUGCAGCCAUUUCUGAGAGUGCCUUCGGGGUUUUUGAGUCUGUGCAAGAGGUCAAACUGCACCCAUUUGGCUUGUAG